AUGUCUUGUACCGCCGCAUUAUCGCUCCUCGUCACGCUCGCCGCCUCCGUUACGCCGGCGGCGUCCCAGGGAGCCGGCGACGCGGCCGUCCUACGCGCAUUCCUCACUUCCCUGCCGCCAGCCUCCCAGCGCGUCCUCCUCCCGUCGGGGAACGCCACGACCACCAACAGCAGCGGCGACACCGGGCCGAGCCACUGCGCGUUCCUCGGCGUCCAGUGCACCGCCACGGGCGCGGUCGCGGCGGUGAACCUCUCCGGGCAGGGGCUGUCCGGCGAGCUCGUGGCGUCCGCGCCUCGGCUCUGCGCCAUGCCGGCGCUCGCGACGCUGGACCUGAGCCUGAACAGCUUCACGGGCGCCGUGCCCACCGCGCUCGCCGCGUGCUCCGCGCUCGCCACGCUCGAACUCAGCAACAACUCCCUCUCGGGCGCCAUCCCGCCAGAGGUCGCCGCGCUCCCGGGGCUCACCUACCUGAGCCUCAGCGGGAACGGCCUCUCUGGUCCGGUCCCGGAGUUCCCGGCACGCUGCGGGCUCCAGUACCUCAGCCUCUACGGCAACCAGAUCACCGGCGAGCUCCCCCGGAGCCUCGGCAACUGCGGCAACCUUUUUUUUUCCGAGAGGACGGCAAAAGCUUUGCCGCGAUUUCUAGCAGACGAUGAAACAAAAAAAAAAGCAAAUGCCCACCUAGUUUUUUUAGCGGAAACUAGAUCAAAAACUAUACAGCUCAGGAGAGUGCAUCACUCGUCCUAGCAACUUUGGUACAACAACCAACUAUGACAACUCACACCGCUACUUCAUCCAACUUGGUCAGAACGACCUCAAAUAUCAACUAACAACUGCGGCAACCUCACCGUCCUGUUCCUAUCCUCCAACAAGAUCGGGGGCCCCCUGCCCGACAUCUUCGGCUUCCUUACCAAGCUGCAGAAGCUGUACCUCGACAGCAACUUGUUCACCGGAGAGCUGCCGGCGAGCAUCGGCGAGCUCGGGAAUCUGGAGAAGUUUAUGGCCUCGAUGAAUGGCUUCAAUGGCUCCAUCCCUGAGUCCAUCGGGAAGUGUGGGUCUCUGACAACGCUACUCCUGCACAACAACCAGUUCACCGGCACAAUUCCGGCGGUCAUCGGCAACCUCAGCAGACUGCAGCGGCUCACGAUCAAGGACACGUUCGUCACCGGCGCAAUUCCACCCGAGAUAGGGAAAUGCCAGGAGCUGCUCAUCCUUGACCUGCAGAAUAACAACCUUACAGGGAAGAUACCGCCGGAGCUCGCCGAGCUCAAGAAGCUGUGGUCCCUGUCCCUGUGUACCACAACAUGCUCCAUGGACCUGUGCCUGCAGCACUGUGGCAGAUGCCGCAGCUGGAGAAGCUGGCGCUCUACAACAACAGCCUAA